GAAGAGGGAUUUAUACAAUUGAGACCGAAUUGGUUAGACCUUGUCACGAAAAGAUGUAAAGAGAUUAACUGAACUUCAAUGUUACGCUAUCAUUGGCCGUAGUGUCGCACUGAGUGAUUCUCGGAAUUGUCAAAAUUACUCAUGACGAAAAGCAUCAACUUGGAUUGUCGCAACGCUACAGACCUGCAACGAUCAGAAGUGGUCAUGUUCAACUUCAAUAACCAUUACUCAGGUGAAACGAUUUCACACAAGCAAACGUCGAGAUCUAACUUAGACUUAAAUAUAUAUGUCACACCAAUGAAUAAUUCUUCAACAAUAAAAUCAUUUUAUUUCAAAUGUCCAUCGAAGGAACCGUCCAAGUUUAUGGUGUGAUUAUUGUACGAUGAAACAUGUUACUCAAAAG